UAACAACAAUAUUGUUUAGAAAAAUGGCGAAAUUAUAACGACCAAGUGAAGAAAAACAAAUCCUACAAAAUGAAGAUUUUGUUUUGUUUUCUUGUUUUUGUCUUUGCAAAUGAAAACGAGAUUGUGACAGCUCAAAAAAGUAAACCGGACAUUAGGAAAUGUUGUGGAAUCACAGAAAUAUUAUUAGAAGUUGGCCCAGGGAACAGAAGAUGUGAAUCAGUGGACAAGAUUGGUAAGAUAGGAUUGAACCCAAAGAAUUGGCGAGGUUUAGAGUUGAAGUCCUUCGCUAUCCAUCAUGGGAACCCAACCUGCAGGAACCAGGAACACUUAGUUCCGGUUUAUUAUCAUGUUAGUGAAGAGAACUCUCUGGAUCUGAUGGGAAACGGAACUCUAGAGUUCUUUACAGAAUCCAGGAAAAACAAAGUUUUCUUCUCCUACACUCAAUACUGUAUUGAUACAUUAGUUAUGUCGCAUAACUUCAGCCUGAGCAAUAUAGACGAGGGAGAUGUAUCUGAGUUUGCGUAUAUAUGUUUAGAUGUCUCAAAAUCAAUCAGGAAUAUAUUUUAUUCAAAAACUAAAUUUUACUAUUUUAGUUAGGUGA